AUGGCACAUUGUGAUAUAAAAAGUUCAAAUAUAUUAGUUAAACAUAAUGGUGAUUGUUGUUUAUCAGAUUUUAGUUUAGCUGUUCGAUGUGAUCCUCAUACACAAGCUAUACAAGGUGGUGGUAUUGAACGUCUUUAUCAUCGUGUUGGAACAAAACUUUAUAUGCCACCUGAAUUACUUGAUAGAAAUAGUAAAUUUAAUUAUGAUCGUAUAAAUGCCUAUCAACAAGGUGAUAUGUAUUCGUUAGCACUUGUUCUUUGGGAAAUAGGAAAUUGUUAUUGUUCAUUAACACAUAUAAGACCUUAUGAAAAUCAAUUACCAAUUAAUUUUAAUCUGGAUCAUCUUAUUCAACUUGUUUCUAUUGAACAAAAACGUCCAAUAUGUUGUAUAAAUACAUCAGAUAAAAUUCUUAUAUCAUUUUUCGAUCUACUUGAUUUAUAUUGGUGUCAAGAUCCAUGUACACGUCAAUCGGCAGCUAAUCUACAAGAUCAACUUCGACAAUUAUGUCCAAUAAAUAUAACUUUCUAG